GUCCGUUUUGGGAUCGCGACAGCUGCCAACCACCUCAAGCCAUGAACACGCCUUCCAUCAUCCUGCGCAAACAGUUCCACCCCGCCAUACUUCUCAUACCUAGAGGAUGGCAAAAGCCUUACUUACGGAUACUACUCAAUGCCACCACCUCAUAGACUACACGUCGCAUAAGCAAUCCUUUUCGCACACCUAAGUGUUGCUGAUCAAAUAUUCCUGCCCUCGCCACCCCGACACCCGAACCCCGCCUUGUCGUCAUGGCGGAGCCCUCCAAUUCGAACGUGUCGCUGCUGAAACAGCUGCAUGCGGACCUUGUCCGAAAAUACAAGAAGCACGAGGCGGCAAUUGAGACGCUUUGGCGGUCAUUCGACGCGACGCAGCGUGCAGCAUGCCUUAAGGCUGGCGCCGCAGGGGGCGUCGUGCUGAGGCACUCGACGGAUGAGACCCUGGGCGAUGUCUGCAAGUUCAUCCCGGAGUGCAAUCUGCGCGACAUCGCAGAGUCGGGACCUGAUUUCCUCCUCGACCUCAUCAAAUACCGCGCGACAACAUCCCUCUUCCAACAAUACUGCGGGAGCCAAGGCGGCCACCCGGGCGAUCAUGCGGUCAUUGCCGAGAUGGAGCGGACAAGAGGGCUCCGCCACGCACAGAGAUUCGACAGAUGUUUCUCCCUGUUCUUGGAUGAGAAUCAAUAUGGGGAGUCCUACAGAAUCUGUGGUGCAGUGAACGAGGUCGCUGCUCCUCUCCUGCCGGCAAUUCGCGCUGGUCUUUGCAUUCCCCAGUCAAGGGGGGAACUCAUCCUGCAGAGGCAGCUCUACCUGACCCAGUGCCUCGUCAUCCUUAUCGACGACAUCCUGGACGAGGGAUCUCGAACUAGGGUCAGCAAGGAGAUGCCCAGAAAGUCCGACAAGGCGGCAUCAGAAACGCUGGCAAAGCCGACCUUGGACACUGUUUGACAAGACUCAGUCGCGCGGUGCGGUCAACUGGGCGGAUUUCGUGGCGGCAAUGGUUGGACUGGGGUUUUCCGUCCUACCCAAGCUCGGUUCCGCCUAUUCGUUUCUGCCGC